UGUCGGUAGCCCAUGGCUCCGAAAACUGGAAUAGGUUAUCAGCAAAUAUUUUUUUAUUUAAUUGAAGUUACCCAUGUCGUAAAAGUACCUAAAUGUAGCUCACGUCACCUGCAAUCAACAGAUAAGAUUAAGAAAUCGGGAUGGGCCAACUUGGAGGUGCGGAAAGAACGGGAAACGAAACUUAAAGUUGGAUAAAUUGAGGAACUCUUCACGAGUAGCCUACAUCGCGUGGAGGCAAGGUGCACGUCAUCAUCAGCAGGAUAUUAUCGAGGUAUUGCUGAAACAAUCACUUGAGGCAAUGGAUACGCAGGGAAUAAGACAGGUGAACAAGACAUUAGGCCAGUACAUCUCAGAGACUUUAUCCAACAUUUACACCAUUAAAGAUUUCUUUGAGAAGAAAGAAAAAUGGGACUUGCAGAGAAACUUUGAAAUGGACAUGAUGACAGACAUCAAGGACAGGGCAGACAAGAUCACUCUCAAGUUUGACCACGUCCAGAACUCAGAGGACAAGGCCAAAGCUUUCGGGCAGUUUCUGUGGAGUGGCCUAACUGCAAUGUCUGCAGACAGCAAACGUCAGGAGCUGGAGAAGGAGCUGGGGGCUGUUCUGAAGGACACCUUGGAGGGGCUUGAGAAGCUGCAGCACUUCCUGGAAGCUGUGGAGAAGCUAGCUGUCACGUCGCUCUUCGUGUUUACAGACAGCCGCUACCUGCCCAAAGGGGUAAACGCUGCGGAUGUCCGUUCAGCCAUCUUUGCCGCAAGGGUGGCUGCUCCUCUUCUUGUCCAUUUCAAGAGGGAUGACGCCGCUUUCUUCCUCCCCAGCCUGAAUAACGUGGAAGUGCUGACCUUCCAACUGGAUAAAUAUAUACGCAUCUCACAACAGCUCUUUGAAAAGCUGGAGAAGAGAACCGAGAGCAUAUUAACUGUGGGAAGCUGUUACCGAGGGUCUAGCGGUGACCAAGUUAUCGACUUCAAUGUGGAUACAAGUGAGGAAUCUAUUCAGACGAUGCUUGACCAGUUGAACCAGUUAAACUUCAUCAGGACCAACCAGGAUGUGAGGCUGGCAUUCCUCUUCAAGGAAGCCGCCGGGAACUUCAUCGGCCUGUUCAGUCAGCGCCAUGGCAGGAUGCUCCAGUUCCUGUCUGAUCUGGAGGAGAACGCAAGACAGCUGGAUAAUAUGAGAUUUGGGGCCAGUGUCUCCAGUGUAGCUGGCAGCUCAGUAGGGGUGGCAGGGGGAGUAUUGUCCAUUGUUGGUCUGGCCCUUGCACCUGUGACCGCAGGUGUCUCCUUAGCUCUCACGCUGACAGGGGUGGGUCUAGGGGUGACCAGUGGUGUCAAUAGUCUGGUGACAACCGCCACUGAGUUAGCAAUCAACAAACGCCAUGGGACCAAUGCUAGCAAUAUCUUCCAAAGUUUCAUGGAGGAUGUAAAUGGGUUUGUUGAGCGGUUGGAGCUGGUAGCGAGCAGUGAAGGUCCAGCUAUUGGGCAAGAUGAGAUGGAUCUUGUUUUGGGGGCAGGAAAGGUAUUAGCUAGUGGUUGUGGAAUUGUAAAGAGCAUAGAUGGCUUGGUAGAUUCUGCCUCAGCUGUUAAAGUCCUCCAGACUGAGGAGGUAGUUGCAUCUGCUGUUAAACUGGGACUUCAAGAGGCAAAGGCAGGAAGAAAUAUACCCAAGUUGGCUGCGGACCUGCCUGACAUUGGGCAGCUGGCCAAAGGGACACCUCUUGCCCUCUCAAAGUCCGCACGGUCUGGCUUCAUUGCCCUCAAUGCACUUUUCAUCGGUCUAGAUGUCUUCUUCAUCUGCAAAGACAGCAUCAAUCUUGCCAAGGGGAGCAAGAAUGAGCUGGCCCAGUUCAUCCGCUCCAGGGCAGCUCUUUGGUGCUCAGAGCUGGACUCAUGGGAGAGGAUCAACAACUCACUCUGCAGAGGGAUCUGGAGGUUCAGGAGAAGCCAGAGAAUCCUAGAGGUGCCAUUUUACCCUGAGCAAGUCAGCUAAGGACUUCAAAGGGAACCUCAUCUAAUGAAAUAUUGUCAAUGUCAUAUUCAGAACUGUGCCUUUAUGUCAACAGUGAUUCAGUAGACAUCACUCCUGAUCCGAAUGAAAGGAUUUUGAUAAUGAGAUAGUCCUUUGUAGCAAUAUGCAAAUGCAUUUUCCUUGGUGAUUUUAUAUGAUUGCUUGACUGUCUAUGACUCCAUGUCAUAAGAGAACCGCCAAGCUGGGCAUUUGUGCUCUAUAAUGUGAAAUCACAUACUGUAUGACUCACCUGGUGAUAUGGAUUGCUGGUGUGCAGUUGUCUUUUUGUGAUAAGGAUUGUUUGAUUUUUACUUUGAUUGAUUUCCAGUGUCCCUUUGACCACUUAAAUGUCUGGUGUAAAAUUGUGUUAACUAGUGUAAUGGUCAGUGCCAUGUUGAAUAUGAUGUGAAUUCAUGUGUGUAAAACUGACACAUGAAUUAGUUGUCUUGAUUAGAACCAUUCACUAAUUGGACUUGCAUGUGUUCACAACAAACAGUGUUAAUAUGACCUUUUUGGAAAUGUGUUAUUUAUGUCUGACUACGUACCGCCGGUGAUCUGUUUGUGCAUGUGUGAGUGAGAGGAAGAUUCCAUGUAAAUGAUAAAUUACUAAAACAUUGUACAGUAAUUUCCCAACUAUUAGCCGUGGCUGAUAUAUUGAGUUUGCUAAAUUUCUUCAGCUACUGUACAUAUGCGGUUAAUAGACAGGGGCAGUUAAUAUGGUAUUAAUAUGGUUUUGUUUCUUUUAACUUGCUUAAAGCACUAUCCUGUGGCUUAUACACAAUGUGGCUAAUACACAGGAAAUUAUUGUAAUUUAAUUGUUUGUAUGAUUUUUAGAUAUUUUCUUUCAUUACUGGAACCAUUAUGAAUAAUCCAAAGAUCAAACAUUUUUUAUAAUGUUCAACUUGAAUUUGAGAAAUGGUGAAU